CAGACCCGACUCAUCCCUGAUCCUUUCUCAAACCUAGCUUCACUGGCUGAUUCCCGCGCAUACUCUGUGGCCACUGGCAUCGCUAGCGCGUAUCAUUUCGCUAUGACGGUCCUUGUCUCGAGCCAUCGCCUCUUACGAACUUUUCCAAAGGGCCCAUCGCAUGCAAAGUACACGGCUGUCAGUCACUCGAGCCACUCCACUACCCCGCAUGCUCAGACAUAUACAAAGACCCCUGCUGUCGUAUGUCGCCUCCCUUCAGCUGAAAAGGCAGCUUUUGCGGUUACGUCGCGUCUAUUGUCCUCCAUCGUCACAGAGGGACUCCUUCCUGCCGUCUAUGUCCCUCUAGACGACUCUUCGAUGGCUCCUGGCGUCUGCGUCAUUCUUGCGGGGAAUCGGACGUUAGGCCCACUGCGCGCGAUCGAUGUAUAUGCUAUAGUACCUCUUCAUCAUCAGCCUCUGCUCAAACCCCGCGAAGCGACUACGGCCUUGGGGAGACCGGUGUGGCUCCUCGAUCCUUUUGACAUGCUGCCCUGCGUUCUCGAACCUCGGGAUUGUUCGUUCUUGCCCGGGCAGUUCACCGAUGACCUGCAAAGCACCAUCGUGCACACGAUGGCGCAAGCUCCGUGGCACUUUGCGGCGUCGCACGUGUCCUUCACGGAGACACUCGACCCCGUUCACUUGUGGAACAAGUUUGCGAAGAUCGUUGGUAUCGAUGAAAGUCUUCGGACCGGGCUUGGCGAGGAGUUCCACAACUCUUUGACUUAUCAAAAGGUUGUCUACGACCGUCUGCCGCGGCUUCCCAGUGCCUUGUCGCCUCCAAUUGAAUGGGAACAGAGCCUCAUCGAGGGACAUCCUACCCACCCUUCCCAUCGCGCUCGUCGUACAAUUCCUCCUCUCCCUCCCACCUCUCCCACGACUCAUGAUUGGUACCGUCCCGUUGUCCGUUUUGUUCUCAUCCCCCGCCAACAACUCGACAUCUACGGUGCCUUCGAAGAUGAGAUCUCCGCACUGGUCAGCAGUAUCGCUGAACAAUGCGGCAAGCAACACAUCGUCUCCACUGCCAACGAUGAAGGCAAGGUAUUGAUGCCCAUCUACGGUCUCCAGCUGCCCAAUAUUCUGGAAAAGUUUGGUGAUGAAGGUGUUGAAAUUCUGGACGACGACUUCAGUACUCCCGCCCUCGGCCAGGCCAGCUUGCGCACCGUCGCCCUCCCAGACUAUCCUUCCAUUCUCCUCAAACUCUCUGUCGGCAUCACCGUCUCCUCCGCUCUGCGUACUAUCUCACAUUUUACGGCCAAUAUCGGACCGCGACUUUCGAACCUCAUCCCGAUGUUGGGGAUCGACAAAGAGAUACUGUAUGUUGAGCAGGAGGUCGCGAGUGCAGUAUGCAUGAGGACGAAGGAGGGGCAGGAGAUGCCUCACGACGUGGUCAAGCAUCUGACAGCAGUGGUCAGGAGGCCGUACGAGACGAAGCCUGGUGAAGCUGUGAUUUUGACUGCGGCGUUGGUGGAGCAUGGACAUGAAGGAGCUCAGCCCGGUGUCUCGGUAGUAGAGCAUCUUUUCGGGCUGGACACUGAUUUGAAGAGGGUGACAUUCUUCGAGGACUAUACCCGUCUCCUUAUGGCCGCUAUGCUGCCACCAAUGUUGCACAACGGACUUGCGUUCGAGGCUCACCCACAAAACACACUGGUCCGUAUCGCGGUGAGGCCGCCUUCUGAAGAAUGUCCUAACCCUUCCGCACGAGUUCUCGGCUUCGUCAUUCGCGAUUUGGGUGGCAUUCGUGUCCACCCUCCUACCUUGAACGCAUCUCUUGCUUCUUCUUCACCUUCCUCGCCCCCGUUCGAGUUCCUGCCCGAACAUUGUAUCGUCACCUCGACUGUCCAAGAGGCUGCCAAAAAGCUUUAUCACACUCUGAUCCACAAUCAACUGCAGAGGUUGAUCAGGGUGUUAGGCUUGCAUUAUGACGGGAGGGGUUGGGAGAUCGUGAGAAGGGAGGUUGAGAGGAAUGUUGGCAGAGAUACGUGGUUGUGGAAAGUUUGGAUGGAAGGGGAGGGCGGUAGGAUCGAGAGCGUGCAAGGCAAGUGCUUGCUGAGGAUGAAGAUGCAGGGAUUAUAUCGCGACUCCGUGUACGAAGAUUUCCCAAACCUUAUUCAAUUCAGGCCGGAGGUAGCGGAUGAGGUUGUUUAAGGGCCUCGACGACGUCCCGCAAGAGUUGUGGCGCCCGAAAUACUGACUGUGGAAAAACUGGACUUGUGGGGCACGAAUUGAAUACCGAAUGGACAAUGAACAAAGAAACAAUGUGCUCUUCAUCUGACUUAUUCCUCUGUAUCUACUUAUUGCUUUACGCAUUGAUUUUCACUGUACAACGUCACCGUAUUUUGUCUCCCGC